GAGCUGAGCCCCUGCCAGAGAGCACGCAGUGCCCGUGGACAGCAGCGCUCCGCUCGGGCCGGCCUGGAUGUACCUCACCACUGCUCCCACACAGGGGCAAAACCUUUGGACCGCUUCUGUCAGGACAGGAGGGAGGCAGCAACUCACUGACUGAAAAACAGAAAGUACACGUAGGACGUCUCCCAGGCUUUGCAGGCUUCUUCCCUCCACAGCUGUGUUAUGGGGGUAUCUCUGUGGACAGGCAAAACCAGCUUGGAAUCAGCAUUUCUGCACGUCCAUCGGCCCAGUGGAAUCUCUAUGCUAAACCUCUAUGUCCUCAAGUCGGCAACAUGGAACUUACUACCCGAGGGGAUCCAGAGAAUUUGCUGAAGAGGAGAAGGAAAAAAAAAAGCCCCAAAAACCUGUGCGUGGGGGGGGAGGAGAAGCAGGGCCUUUUAAAAAGGCAAUCACAACAACUUUUGCUGCCAGGAUGCCCUUGCUUUGGCUCAGAGGAUUUCUGUUGGCAAGUUGCUGGAUUAUAGUGAGGAGUUCCCCCACCCCAGGAUCCGAGGGGCACAGCGCGGCCCCCGACUGCCCGUCCUGCGCACUGGCCACGCUCCCAAAGGACGCACCCAACUCGCAGCCAGAGAUGGUGGAGGCCGUCAAGAAGCACAUUUUAAACAUGCUGCACUUGAAGAAGAGACCCGAUGUCACCCAGCCGGUGCCCAAGGCGGCGCUUCUGAACGCGAUCAGAAAGCUUCAUGUGGGCAAGGUGGGGGAGAACGGGUUUGUGGAGAUCGAGGAUGACAUUGGGAGGAGGGCAGAAAUGAAUGAACUUCUGGAGCAGACCUCAGAGAUCAUCACGUUCGCGGAGUCAGGCACAGCCAGGAAGACGCUGCACUUUGAGAUUUCCAAGGAGGGCAGUGACCUGUCGGUGGUGGAGCGGGCAGAAGUGUGGCUCUUCCUCAAAGUCCCCAAGGCCAACCGGACCAGGACCAAAGUCACCAUCCGCCUCUUCCAACAGCAGAAGCACCCGCAGGGCAGUUUGGAUGCCGGGGAGGAGGCCGAGGAAGUGGGCCUAAAGGGCGAGAGGAGUGAACUGUUGAUAUCGGAAAAGGUGGUGGACGCUCGCAAGAGCACCUGGCACAUCUUCCCGGUGUCCAGCAGCAUCCAGCGCUUGCUGGACCAGGGCAAGCGCAACCUGGACGUCCGGAUUGCCUGUGAGCAGUGCCAGGAGAGCGGCGCCAGCCUGGUGCUCCUGGGCAAGAAGAAGAAGAGAGAAGAGGAGGGAGACGGGAAGAAGAAGGACGGAGGCGACGCGGAGGAGGAGAAGGAGCAGUCGCACAGACCUUUCCUCAUGCUGCAGGCUCGCCAGUCCGAAGACCACCCCCACCGCCGGCGCCGGCGGGGCUUGGAGUGUGACGGCAAGGUCAACAUCUGCUGUAAGAAACAGUUCUUUGUGAGUUUCAAGGACAUUGGCUGGAAUGACUGGAUCAUUGCCCCCUCUGGCUAUCAUGCCAACUACUGCGAGGGGGAGUGCCCCAGCCACAUAGCAGGCACAUCGGGGUCCUCGCUGUCCUUCCACUCGACCGUCAUCAACCACUAUCGCAUGCGGGGCCACAGCCCCUUUGCCAACCUCAAGUCGUGCUGUGUGCCCACCAAGCUGAGACCCAUGUCCAUGCUGUACUAUGACGAUGGGCAGAACAUCAUCAAGAAGGACAUUCAGAACAUGAUCGUGGAGGAGUGCGGGUGCUCCUAGACCUACUCGCCGGGGCCAGGGAGUAGAGUUGUCGUAGAAGACAGUGGCAAAGCGAAGAUGUGUUUAAGGUUUCUGAGUUCACCAACCAGAGAAAGAGAAAUCAAAAAAACUAAAAAACAAAACAAACAAAAAAAACCAACACAAACAGAACAAAAACGAAAACUAAAAACAAAACCUGAUGAAACAGAUGAAGGAAGAUGUGGAAAAAAUCCUUAGCCAGGGCUCAGAGGUGAAGCGGUGAAGGAGACAGGGAUGGGGAGGGCAAGGGAGAAGGGUGUACCCUUCAUUUCUUCCGGAACCAAACUGAUGCCCUCAGUUGUUUAAGUGGGGUACUGUCCUCUCCCCUCUCUCGGUUCCUUGGUGAGCCUCCAAAGCAACUUGUCCGGUCUGCAGUAAUGGGGACUAGGACAGCCCCAGUAGCAUCUGGAAAGCCAUGAGUUUGAAAGGGCCAGUGGCAGGCGCUUUCCCACCCAAUUACCCAGGUCAUAAGGUAUGUCUGUGUGACACUCUCUCUGUGUAUAUUAGCAUACACACACAUGCACACACAGGCAUUUCCACACACCGCAUCCACCACAUCCCAGUCAAAGAACAAUGUUGUGCAGGUGGUCACACUUUCUUUUUCUGCACCAC